GACCUCGAAAGCAGGAGUCCAAAGCCGAGUGGACAACUGGACACCCAACAGAGCCACAGAGGAAACGAACCCGAUAUGGCCGCCGCCGUCCCCACGCCAUCCCCAUUCCUCGCUUCAACCCGCCGCUUCGGCUUCGCCCCUCGCCUCCGCUCCCUCCUCCCCGCCGCUGCCAUGUCUUCCGCCGCGGUAUCCGCCUCCGCCCUAAGCCCCAGUUCCGGCACUGGGGAAGAGGCGCAGGCGGCCCCGCUCCCGCACUCGACCCUCGAGAUCGCGGGGGCGCGCCGGGGCCUCCUCUCCGGCUUCAGCAGCCUCCGCGCCCCGUACCGUGCCUUCCCCGUACUCGCGUCCAACCGACACGUCGAGACCAUCUUCGCUGCGUUCACGCGGUCGCUCCCCGCCGUUAAGCUGCGGCGCGAGUGCCUCCGCGCCCCUGACGACGGAGCCAUCGCGCUCGACUGGGUCUCUGGCGACGACCGCGCGCUUCCGAUGGAUGCUCCGGUGCUUAUACUCUUGCCUGGUCUUACAGGUGGAAGUGAUGAUACAUAUGUAAGGCAUAUGCUUUUGAGAGCUCGAAGCAAGGGAUGGCGUGUUGUGGUGUUUAAUAGCCGUGGAUGUGCAGACAGUCCUGUGACUACACCCAAGUUCUAUUCUGCUUCAUUUACAGGGGAUCUCCGCCAAGUUAUUGGUCAUAUUUUAGGACGUUAUCCCCAGUCUAAUGUCUAUGCUGCUGGUUGGUCUCUUGGAGCGAAUAUUCUUGUGCGCUACCUUGGCGAGGAAACUGAUAAAUGCCCUCUAUCUGGAGCAGUCUCCUUGUGCAAUCCUUUUAAUUUGGUAAUUGCAGAUGAAGAUUUCCACAAAGGAUUUAACAACGUUUAUGAUAGAGCAUUGGCUAGGGCUUUGACGACUAUAUUUAAGAAGCAUGCUCUCCUUUUCGAAGGAUUGGAGGGUGAAUAUGAUAUACCCAAGGCAGCGAAUGCAAGAACUGUUAGAGAUUUUGAUGAGGGGCUAACCCGAGGAUACUUCAAUGGUUUGCAGUUUCGUUUGGUUUCAAGUCAGUGGAUGAUUAUUACUCAAAUUCAAGCAGCUCGGAUUCUAUCAAGAAUGUUUGCAUACCCUUACUGUGCAUACAGGCUGAUAAUGACCCAAUUGCACCAUCCAGGGGAAUUCCUAGAGAUGAUAUCAAGGCAAAUAAGAACUGUCUACUUAUAGUAACACCACAGGGUGGCCAUCUUGGAUGGGUAGCAGGUGACGAAGCUCCAUUCGGAUGUCCUUGGACAGACCCAAUAGUGAUGGAAUAUCUGGAAUAUCUCCAAAAUGAGAAGGACUCUAGUACAAAAAUUAACAUAUCCUAUGAGCAACAGGGUGUUUCAGAGGCAUCAGUACCCCAUCUAACUGUGCAUGGCCAGAGAUAGUAAUAUUUUCCCUUCUCAGGGUUACAUAUGUUUUAUGGAAAUAGUUAGUAGUUCAUUUAUCUGUCUGGUCUGCUGCUGCGCUUGGUACAUGGUUCUUCGUCUAGAGGUCUAGUGGUCUACGCAUGUGCGAGAAGAUUUCUAUGUGAAGGAUGUCAGGUUCUGAGAUCUUAAUGAAUAUGUGUUGUCCAAUUGUUCCUUCUGAUGUGUUUCAUCCGGUGUUUGAAAGGGAUUCUCCGUAAGGGCUCAUGCCCUUCAGUAAUGUGAUGUGUGAAUUAAAUGCAGGGUUGAUGGUGAUGGGCACAAGAGUGCAUCAUGUAAAUUUGACAAUGUCCUUCAGGGCAAAAAAAAAAAACGAAAAUUGUAUCUUAUUGCCAAACUUAAUCUUUGGCAGCAUCCAAGAGUUUUUUUUGUGCU